AUGAGCGACGAAAAAGACAACAAAGGAGAAGUAAGCCGCAAAGCCCUAUUUGCUGGCGGUAACUACGUGCAGUUGUCGGGUAAAAUAUUUGCGGACUUAUUCGACCAAAGUAAGCCAUUGUGCACUGGUGUUCCCAUCAAUAUCCGGUUGGUAAUGAGCCGGCCGGAAUUCUGUUUGCGUGUAUGGGAUACUGAUGCCACCAAACAAUUCAAACCGUUCAUUCGCAAUGCGCGCUUAUCGGUCCGCCGGUAUAUCCCGGCACCCGAUUUUAUGACGGCCGUGGCCUCGGAAAUGCUGAAAAAAACCGUCAAGUAUCACAUUGAGCGCGUGGUGAUGCGUGUAUCGGAUAUUCCACAAAAGACGCAGAGCACCGUGGUGAGCAACCUCCAGAUUGGACAGAUUCCCAAGGCUAUGAUUAUCGGUUUCCUGGAAAGCGACGAUUUUCACGGCAACAUCAAAACGAACCCCUUCAACAUUCAACACUUUAACAUCACCCAGAUCAGUGUGGAAGUAGAUGGACAGAGCUACCCCACAAAACCCUACACUGCCGAUUUUGGACGGUCACAGUCGUUAGAGUGCUACGACGGUUUGUUGGACGCUUUGGGAUAUCGAACACAUCCACAAAACAGGGUGCACUUCAGUCGGACCGCUUAUAAUGGUGGUUACACGUUAUUCGGCUUUGACUUAACGCCGGGACAUACUGGAAGAGGACCGCUGACUUUAGUGAAACAAGGCAAUUUAAGCGUGUCGGUCAACUUUGAAAAACCUCUGGAUAAAACAGUCAUGAUGGUCGCCAUGUUGGUGUACGACAGCAUUAUCGAAAUUAACCAGCAUCGCCAACUGAUUGCGGACUUUUCAACAUGA